CUCAGCAAAUCCAACAUGGCGGCCGCCGUGCACCUGUGGCACCGACACGACCCAAAAACUUCGAUGUUUUGGACCAUAUCUUCGCUUUUCUUCGUCUUCCAACUUGUCAGUCGGACCCAAGGAGACUGCGUAGCCGGGAACUAUAAUCUAGAGCCGAUUCAGGGGCUAUGGGAGGCAAGAGGAGACAACAAUGUGCAAUAUAACAUCAGUAUCUGCAGCCAGCUGACCCUCCCUGCCCCAUGUAACGGGAACUCUGUGUGCAGACUCCAGUCAAACGUCACGUCCAACAUAGGAAACUUCAACUCCAGCCUACAGAUAGAUGAGGACAGGCAUGGAGGGGGCUUCAGGAUGGAGCUGUACUCUGAUGAUGAUUGUCCUGGGCACCCCGGGCACAAGAUUGGAACCAGUAUCAACAUCCAGUGUGGUAGGACUUUGGGCUUCCCUGAGUUUGUAGAGGCCAAACCCUGCACCACGUACUUUGACUGGGACAGUACAGUAGCCUGUACGUCUGUCCAGCGUCCGGCACAGAAGGAGGUGAAAUGUUACGUGUACGGCGUGGACGGGAAGAAGAGGGACCUGACACCACUGAUCAGACAGAACGGUGGUUACCUGGUGGACUCAGCCGGGGAGAGGGACUUCUACAUCAACGUGUGUCGCGACAUCACUCCUGAAACAGGAGCUCCCACCUCCUCCUGCCCCCCUGGUACAGCAGGCUGUCGUGUGAUUGGUGGAGAAGCUGUGGACAUGGGUCGUCCCACUACGGACCUACAGAUGGGGGAGGAGGGCCGGCUGUUCCUGCACUAUAACGGCACAGACGGGGACGCCCCGGCAGGGUGUAACGGGGUCAAACCAACUGUGCACAUCACGUUUGUCUGUCCAAAUGGUGAUGGAAGGGGUGGGAGUAAGGACCCACUCCUGACUCUGGACACAGACUGUCAGUACCAGGUGGAGUGGUGGACGGAGUACGCCUGUCCUGCCGAGUACCUUACAACAACAACCUGCAGCUUCAGUAAACAACAACACGACAUUGACAUUGACCUGUCACCACUACGUGUACAAGAAGGAACAAACCCCUGGCCGUACAAGGUGACUACCACUGGAGAUGAUGGGAAGACAUACGACUACUGGCUGAAUGUGUGCGGGGCUGUAGGCAUACAGUGUGGGGACAAUGAUCCAGAUGGAAGUCACACGAGCGUGUGUCAGACUUCAGCUGAUUCUGCUCAUAUCGCAGGAGCAACAGGACAUACUCUCAGGUACAGUGACGGAGAGCUGACCCUGACAUACAAACAUGGUGAAGUCUGUAGACACAACGGCUUCAACAGAACCUCAGUCAUCACAUUCAGGUGUAACAAAACUGCAGAUAACAAUGGCAGAGGCAGACCAGUGUUCAACGGUGAAGAGGACUGUUCCUACUUCUUUGACUGGGAUACCAGCUACGCCUGCCUGCAGCACGAGGAGGGGCGCUCGUGUCGCGUGAGCUCGCCCGACGGGAAGAAACGUUACGACCUGUCCACGCUGGUGCAGGAGGGCCCGCUGAACUGGGAGGCACUGGACGGGAGACACGAGCACGAGGGCGGGGACAACGACGAGCGGUUCUUCAUGAACGUGUGCGGGGAGGUCAUCACGCUGGAACAGGCUGCUGACUGUCCACAGGGGGCUGCUGCUUGUGCUAUCAGUGAUACAGGUGGUGGUACCACAAAUAUAGGAAGGUACCAGACAGACCCUGUACUGGAGGGGAACCACAUCAAACUGACCUACACAGACGGGGACUCCUGUCACAACAGUUUAACCUGGUCAACUGUCAUCAGGCUGGUCUGCAGUCCUGGUGACCUUGAAAGUGCCCCUGUGCUGUUGCGAAGGUCAGAUGAGAAGUGUCUGUACGAGUUUGAGUGGCACACGGCUGCAGCCUGCCCACUGGGUCGCAAAAGUGGCUACGACUGUAGGGUCUUCGACGAUGAUGCAGGUUUCUCCUUCGAUCUGACUCCACUGUCCAGAGCUGGUACCACAGCAGACAGUUUCUACAAUGUGACAAACGGAAAAUAUGACUACCUGAUAAAUGUUUGCGGUGACAUCAACGGGACAAAGAGCUGUGAAGACAGAAACCCCAAGGCUGGAGCCUGCCAGGUCGACAGAGGCAACAACAAUGCCAAAAGCCUUGGUAUAUUCAACUCUCAUCUGAACUACUACGAUGGACUGAUAAACCUGACAUACUCUGGAGGGGACCUGUACCACGACAAAGUCAACAGGUCCACUCACAUCGCCUUCCUGUGCGACCCUAAAGCCGGCCCCGGUCAGCCACAGUUUCUGGCAGAAGACAACCACUUCUACUACUUCAAGUGGUACACCAAGUACGCCUGUCCUGAACAGCCGAUAGAAUGUGUGGUGACAGACCCAAAUACACACACACAGUAUGAUCUCUCAAGCCUGGCUAAGUCAGAAGACGACAACGGUGAGAACUGGUCGUAUCUGGAUGACUCGGACCCAAACAACAAGAAGAAGUAUUACAUCAACGUGUGCCGCCCCAUCAACCCUGUCUCCGGCUGUGACACCUACGCUGCCGUGUGCCAGACAAGCUUUGCUAAUGGAGAGGAGGCGGUGACCCUUCCCAACAUGGGUAUGGCUGAGUCCCGGCCCACUAUCGAGGGCCAGGCGGGUCAUCUCCUGCUGACCUACAGUAACGGUGGGCCGUGUACAGGGCCAGACGGCGUGGCCAGGACUUACACCACCAAGAUCCACCUCAUCUGUCAGAGGGGCAGUCUGUCGAGCAGCCCCCGGUUCCUGGAGCAGAUGGGGUGUGAAUUUGUGUUCACCUGGGAGACAGAGGCGGCCUGCGGGAUAAAGGUGGAGACACAGGAGGACUGUACCAUCCCUGAUCCCAACUCUGGCUACAUCUUCAACCUCCAGCCUCUCACCAGAGGAGACAGGACACAGAAGAAAUACUACGAUGUCACCAGUAGUGAUGGGCAGGCUUUUAGGUUGAACAUCUGUGGAAGUGUGAAGGAUGAUGGCUGUCCCCAGUAUUGUGACGGAGAUGGGCACUGUGAAGACGCGAGUGUGUGCUCCGUCUCCUCGGGUAAGAACAAGGCACUCGCACACGCCCGCGAUGCCCAGCUGGAGUUCUCAGACGCAGGACAGCUGACUCUCCGGUACUACGGAGUCCGGGAUGAGGGGUCAGGACAAGUGACGAGUGUGAUGAUCCACUUCGUGUGCCGUACACAAGUGGCGCUGGGAGAGCCCAAGUUCCUGCGACAGGAGGGUCUGGCCUUCCUGUUUGAGUUUGCCACGUCCCUGGCCUGCCCCCCUGCUCCUGUGGACUGUCUGGUCACAGACACGGCUGGCAAUCUGUAUGAUCUCACUCCGCUGUCUCGAACGGACCGUAAUUGGGAACCCCUGAACCCAGAGUCCACUCCAGGACACAAAGACGAGCGUUACCACAUCAACGUGUGUCGGCCUCUGGUCGUUACUGACAACAUGGACUACAGCUGCCCAGGUGGUCCCCUGGGGUCCUGUAUGACCGGCCCCCUGGGGAAUAAGAACCUGGGGGUGGUGCAGUCCAACCCCCAGGCUGCAGGAAACUCCCUGUCCAUCAGGUACUACAAUGGGGACAUGUGCCGAGACAACGUACACUACAGCACUGUCAUUGUGUUUGAGUGCUCACUAACUCAGGGCACCCCAACGUUUCAGACCACGACACAGGACGGGUGUGAGUACGCCUUCCUGUGGCGUACCCCGAGUGCCUGUCCAAUCAGGAGGGCUGUCGGGAACAACUGCCGUGUGAGGGAUCCGCUGUAUGGAUUUGAAUUUGACCUCUCCCCACUGUACAACUACACACAUGAUUACAGAGUGAGAACCCAGCAGUAUGAGUACAGUCUGAAUGUGUGCGGACCGCUCCAUGAGGGAACGGGGAUGUGCGACGCUAAGGUACAUAAAGAUGUCAGCUCCUGUCAGAAGACCCUGCCUGGGGUUGAACCAGUGGUGGCCCAUGUUACUGGUACAUUUAACAAGACAGUUGUGUAUGAAGAUGGGCAGAUCUUGUUAAACUACACCGGUGGGGAGAAGUGCCACACUGUGUAUAACCGGUCUACAGCCAUCAACUUCUACUGCGACCACUGUGCUGACGGGAGGUGUAAGGACGGACCCAAACCUGGACCGGUCUACGUCAAUGAGACCUCAGACUGCACGUAUGUGUUUGAGUGGGCGACAUCGUACGCCUGUCCCCCCUUCAAGAUCGUGGAGUGUGUUUACCACGACAAGGAGGGGAACCAGUUUGACCUGACCCCCCUGUCUCUGUCCCACGGGAACUGGGAGAUCAUCCCAACAUCACGCAGCUCCAACAACGAGAUCUUCUACAUCAAUGUGUGCAGAUCAGUCGUGCAUUCCAGAGGUGUCCAGUGUCCCUAUAACGCAGGUGCCUGUAUGAAGUUACCGGAGGCUGGUGACGCCGGUGAAAAGUUCAUGAACCUGGGAGAGGUGCAGAGUGGUCCGUGGUACGAGGACGGAAACCUGGUGCUCAACUACACACUGGGGGAAAACUGUACUGCUGACGGGUCCAGGAAAAAAAUGACUGUCAUCAAAUUUGUGUGUGAUGCAGAUUCUGUGGGAAAUGGACCCCAGUUCCUGGGCUCUACUGAUGGCUGUAUCUACACCUUCAUCUGGUUCACUGAUGUGGCCUGUCCUCUCAAGGCUGAACAACCCAGCGAAGGGAACUGCAAGGCUAAGAACCCCCUCACAGGUUAUGAGUUUGACUUGAAUGGACUGAAUAAGAAAGACUCCUACUACCAAGUCCUGGACCAGACAAAGGAGCAUGCCUACCAGAUUAACGUGUGUGGGGCUGUGAAGGGCUCCAAGUGUGACGGGGAUGACUUAGGUGUCUGUCAGGCCGAGCUGAUCCAUGGCACUCGCACGUUCAGCGGCGGCAAGUUUAACUCCAACCUGGACUACAACGAGGGUAGCCUGGAGCUGACGUACAAACACGGCGCCCGCUGCCACAAGGACCAGUUUGAGCGCAGCUCGGUCGUCAGUUUCGUGUGCGCCAACAGGACGGACAACGGCAGGCCGGUGUUCAUAGAUGAGUCGGAGGACUGUACCUACUAUUUCUCCUUCCAUACACCACUGGCUUGUGAAACCCAGGUCCCUUGCAUCGUGGACAACGGAACAAACUCCUUUGACCUUUCCCCUCUGAUCAAGGCUGAAGGUCACUUCAUGGCGCCCUCGAUAGGAGGGACCGGGGUGUACUACAUCAACAUCUGCCGACCUUUGAACCCCAUCCCUGGGGUCAGAUGUCCACCGGGGGCUUCUGCUUGUAUGAAGGAAGAUGACAAAAAUCCUGUGAGCCUUGGAAGAGUGUUUGAACAGCCCAAGAUUAACCCAGUAACGAAGGAGAUCACAAUCAUCUACAAGCACGGUUCGAGGUGUGAGAGUAACCCCAACUACAACAACACUGCUCAGAUUGUCUUCCGAUGUGAACAGGGAACAUCAGUGGGAAGCCCACAGUUCAGCUACAAGACAGACGACUGUGUGUACUUCUUUGAGUGGAAGACUAACGUGGUGUGUGCAGCCCCCAAGCCUGUGCAGACCACAGAGUGCACCUACACAGACCCUGCUCUGAAGUACACCUUCAAUCUCACCAGUCUCAGAAGCACUGGUGAUAACGGUUAUGAGGUUGAGGACAAUGUCCAAGGUGGUAAGUACAGCCUGAAUGUGUGUGGCACAGUGCCCAGGGCAGGCUGUAACAAGGACAGUGCCGUGUGUGUGACACUAGCUGACGGGAAGAAGAUCUCAGCUGGCAAAUUUAACACCCAGACCUUCAAGUACGAGGGAAACCUGCUGACCCUGUCCUACAGCGACGGGACGACAUGCAGGGGGAGUGAGAAGUACAGUACUAACAUCAUCUUCAAAUGUGCAGAGGAACAGAACAGUCAGCCUGCUAUAUUCAGUAUGACCGGCUGCUCGUACACGUUCAUGUGGAAGACCUCGCUAGCCUGCCCCCCGGCCAGUCAGCCCUGUGCCAUCCAGCAGAACGGACAGACCUACGACCUGAACCUCCUCUCACAGGAGACCAACAGCUGGAGGUUCAGGGACAAGUUUGGCAACAAGUACUACCUCAACCUGUGUCAGCCUGUACACCAGGGACCUCCUAGGUGUGACCCCAAUGCUGCUGCCUGUAGACAGAGAAAUGAUGGCACAGUAGAUAACCUGGGAAUGGUCAGCUCUCAGACUAUGAACGUGGAUGACACAGGGUUGCAGGUUAUGUACAGUGAGGGAGGUGCCGGGGUGUGUGAUGACCACGCCCGCAGGUCCAACAGUAACGCAGCCUCCAUAGAGAUCCAGUUCUCCUGCGGAUCCACAGUGGGAGGGCCACAGCUACACAGUAUAGACAGCAACGGCAGGUGUCACUUUGUCGUCAACUGGAGAUCUGCCAUCGCUUGUGCUACAGAGAGAGAAUCAGUCACACCGGAUGAAAGUGGAAAGAUCAGAGAUCCAUUCUCCCAGAGUGUCAUCCCUAUAUCACAGCUCUACAACAAUAAUGGUAACUCGUGGCGAGUGACGGGUGACCUGAGACCCAACAGGGACGUGUACGUGUACUACAUCAGGAUGGACGAUGUUGGCAUACAGGAGGACCAGUGCAGAGGUGCUGCCGUUUGCCAAGUCAAGGAGAAGGAUUCCUUCAUGAAAGUUUUGGGCAAACCUAACAUGAUCAAUUAUUACAUGCAAGAUGGAGCCCUGGAAGUUCAAAUUCUCUCUGGUACAAAAUGUGGGAGAAAACAAGAAAAGAAGACCAGCACCACUAUAAUCUUCCAUUGUUCAGAAUACAUCGAAAGGGGCCAGCCAGAGUUUUUCUCUGAGUCUCAUGAUUGUGAGUACAUCUUUAACUGGUACACCAGCGUCGCCUGUUUGAAGGAUGAUGUGGAGGAAAGUGUCUCCAUCCCACCCCCAGAACAGAACCUGCCUGAUGAUGGGACAGGGAUUCCCCAGUUCAUCAGCCGACAUAAGAGCUCUGCUGCCACGGUGGUGGGGAUCAUGCUGGCUAUAGUCAUCAUCUGUGUUCUAGUCAUCAUCUUUCACAAACAGGAGAGAAGACAAGCAUUUGUACACAAAAUGAAAUCUUGCUGUGGAAGAGGAGAUUAUAGUCACCCAACCUACAGAUAUACCAAGUUUAUGUCUAACGGUGAUGAGGAUGGUACACUGUUGAUGGGUGGACUGGACAGUGAUGAGGAGAGCGGCAACAGCCAAUCAGAAGAGGCGUCAGAUGACUUUAUGGUAGAGUUUGACGCAGAGUCCCAUCAACAAAACAGAGCAAAGAGAAAAAAGAAAACCAAGCCUAAAUCAGAUGAGAACCACACAGAAGAAGUCAGGCCUUACCAUGAUGACAGUGAUGAGGAUAUGCUGGAUGUGUAGCUGACUUCUACACGGAAAAAUCUCUCAUAUUGUAAAGAAUCUGCAGCUGCUUUGGUGUAGGGUUAGCAUUGGCAAGCUGGGACUUGCUUCAAUCUGUUUUCUGGUGUAAUCGUAUUGUGAUGAUUCAGAGAACAUCAAGGCUUUUCUAUUCAGGGUACAAUAUCCUACAUAUAAGCAUGGGAGAGGUUGAUAUGUGAAAAUAUUAAUAUUCAAGAUUAUGUCUAAUAAGAGUAUGCUAUAAGUAACUCCAGUGCUAUGGCACUGUUGGAAAUAAUCAAAACGUUAGGAAAAAAGAUGCACUGUGCACAAAAAUCUAGCAUUCUUCCUUCCUGUGUGAUCUAUUUCUAAAGCUGGGUGGAGCAUACUCAUGUCAUAACUGCUUACCUACAGACAUACCACAGUAUUCUUGUGUGCCUCGUGUGAUGACUUUAAUAAAUAAAUGCGUUUGAUAAUGCCAAAUAUUACUUGAGAAAACUUUAAUCCACCACUUUGUGCCACAUCGUAUAAUAACUAGCACUAAGUGAUGAAAAUAUGUUAUUUUCUUCCUACAACUAUAAGCUGGAAGAUUGUGUACAUUGGGCACAUUGUAUUAGCAACUAUAUUGUAUUUACUUGAAAAAAUUUAUUGCUGAGAGUGAAAUUUGUAUGUAAUUUUUUGGUUCAUGAAAGUAUUUGCAAAAUGCUGUAUAGAAUUGUGCCCAAUACUGAUGAAUCAGAUGUACAUGAUGCUACAUGUAUUUAUCUUAUUAUUAUUAAUUACUUCUCUGGUCUCUGUUAAGGGUCAUCUCAGAGUCAACAUUUUGUUGUAAAUAAUGAUGAAGUUUAUCAUUGGCAUCUAUGGCUACUUAGACACCAACUUAUUUAUGAGAUGUACCCUUUGCUUAAGACCUUUAUAACUUUAUUUUGCCCUCAAGCUCAGUGCUGCUUUGAAAACGAGCUUUUCAUCCUGUGAGUUACUCAGUGUUACUCCUUGUUAAAGGUACAUGUAAUUGUAGUCAAUAGCACAGAAAUACAGUUUUUUAGUCAAAGGUACAUCUACAUGUAUACUGGACACGUAUGACUUUUCUAAAUAGCAAAGUUACAGACAACCAUAUUGUCUCAGCAGCAACUAAGCAUACAGUUGUGUGCCUCAGUAUGCUUGAUAACAAUUGAAGGAUACAAUGAAAUGCUUGUAAUAACUUCUUAUAACAUUUUUGACUUGUAUAAAGUAUCAUGCUCAACAUGCUUACAGAAGCAAAAAACAUGCAUGAUUGAAAAAAAAGGCCAGCACUGGCGACUUUUGUAUUUGUGCAAAUUUCUGCAAUGAAAAGAAACCUGUCCUAUUAUUGUAAUAACUCUUGAUUGUUUUACACAAGCAAAAAAAAAACAUGCAUGAUUGAAAAAAGGCCAGCACUGGUGACUUGUAUUUGUGCACAUUUUUGCAAUGAAAAGAAACCUGUCCUAUUAUACGUCUUGAUUGUUUUACAUUAUUAUUGAUUGAUUUGAGAAUGUGCCUUACUUGAUUACUCAAUACUUUAAAACGUAGUGAAUGAUAACACUGCCAAAUUGUGAUGGUGCAUUGUGUUGAUACUAUGGGAACAGGUAGAUUAUGCUAACUCUAGACUGAUGUUGUUGGGUGAUAAUGUUGCACCUUUUAUGUCAAAUGCUAAAUGCUAGGUGCAAUACAAAUAGGAAUGCCAGCACUUCAGCAUUACAAGAGUUUAAAAAUUUCAAGAGGAAAAGUUUUACAUUAGUGAUUAUUUUUGCUAAUAUGGCUAAAACUUUAAUGAAGCAGCUUUAUACAAGUUGUUCCUCGUACAUAAAUGUGUUGAAUCAAUUUGAAUGAUUAUGUAAUAAUAAGUUUGAACUGAAAGAUGCAAAUUGUAUGUAUCCUGUCAUGGCCAGUUGCACACGUUUUUAGAGGGAUAUAAAGUUUAACCCUCACCAUGCAGCCAUGCAGGCUUCCAUUGUACUCAUUACAAAUGUGGUUACUAUGUGUCUAAAUCAACAAGAAGGAGGUUAAGAGUCAACUUUUCUUACUUUACGUGGUAACCAACGCUUGUAAAUAUCAAACAAGUAAUAAUUUCCUUCUGCAGAUGUUGAGAAUUGAUAAAAAUGCUUUACUACAUGGACAAAUGCUACUGUUUCAUGA